AUGGCAUCGCUCAUUAUUGUCUCAUUUGUGUGUUGGAUAUGGAAAGGCUCGGUCAAAGCACAGAUAAUUGGUUCAGGUUCUCAUGGUCUUGGAAUUGGCUCUUUUAGCCUUGACUGGAUGUCCAUAACUGGCUAUAUAGGAUCCCCAAUGGCCUAUCCCAGAUAUGCUAUAGUUAAUAAGCUGGUGGGAUUUGUGGCCAUGAUGUAUAUAAUUGCUCCAAUUGCAUAUUGGACUAAUUUAUUCAAUGCCAAAAGAUUCCCCUUUUUCAGUCUUAAUAUUUAUGAUUACGAUGGAAAGUUCUACAAGACCGCUAGUGUCUUUGGCAACGAUAUGGUACUUGAUCCUCAGGCAUACCAUGAUUAUUCCGACAUCUAUUUCAGUAUCUUCAGCGCCAUGACCAUGGGGUUUGGAUUUGCAGGAUUAACAACCACACUCACUCACUUUUUUCUAUUCUACGGAAGGUAUGCAUGGGUAUAUGGGGACCAAAUUCAACUUCCUACCUGGGGUUUUCUGGUUGCAGUGCUUGUGGCCGCCAUUUUACUUCUUCCCAUGGGUGCAAUUAAAGCUACAAUUGGAAUCUCUCUUUCAAUGUUCCUAAUUGGUGAGAUGAUCAUGGGUUAUGCAUUACCGGGAAAACCCAUAGCCAACAUCGCUUUUGUAUCAUAUUGCCAAAGCACCAAAUUACAUGCCUUGAACUUUAUAGCUGAAUUCAAAUUGGGACAUUACAUGAAGAUUCCUCCAAGAUCCAUGUUCCUCAUUCAGAUUGUUGGAGCAUUGCUAGCAUCCACAACACGCAUUUUCGCAUCAAGGUGGGCGCUCAAUUCAAUCAAAAACAUCUGCGUCCUGGAGGAGGGGAAUAUUUGGACAUGCCCUUCUGUUACCACUUCCUACAACAGAGCAUUGAUAUGGGGAGGAAUUGGUCCAAGCCGAGUGUUUGCACCGCAUGGUCAGUAUGCAUGGCUAUACAUCUUCUGCCUGAUAGGAGUGGUGGGACCAAUGAUGGUUUGGAUUCUAAGUCGCAAAUAUCCUCAAAAGAAGUGGAUUAGACUGAUCAAUUUCCCAAUAAUAUUUACGGGCACAACAAUGAUGCCCCCAAUGGGUGCAGCCCAUAUAUGGAGUUUCUUUAUCAUGGCCUUUAUCUUCAACUUCUGGGUUUACAGUAGGCACAAAGGGUGGUGGUCUAAGCAUGCUUAUGAUCUCUCUAAUGGCCUCGAUUUAGGGACUGCUAUUUUCGGUGUACUCUAUAUGAUUCUUGCUCUUCAAGAUAUCUACGAGGUCCAAUGGAUUGGGGGCGCUGAUGAACAGUGCCUUUUAUCUCUCUGCCCUACUGCUCCUGGCAUAAUUAAAAAGAAUUGCCCCGUCUUCUACUGA